AUAACUUAGAUUUGUAUAGCACCUUUCAAGAAAGGAAUCAACAAUUUUUUAAUUUUUCUUUUCUUUUUUUCUUUACACACAGGUCUUUUAUCUUUAAUGAAAAGGACCAAGAGUGUUGGACAGCAGCGGUAAACUCCAAAACAGACAGUGUCUUUCGCAGAAGCACCAUAGCUUUAUAUGAAAGAAAUGCAUAUCUUCUGGAGUGUGUAAAUGGAAUAGGAAGAAAUUACAGGGGAACAAAGUCCAGAACAAACUCAGGAAAGAUCUGUCAAAGAUGGGACUCAAGCUACCCACACAGGCCAAAUUUCAAGCCGCAGAGCCACCCACAAGCAGAUUUGGAGUCUAACUUCUGCAGAAACCCUGAUGGGGACAGCAAUGGACUGUGGUGUUACACUACUGAUCCUAACACCCGCUGGGAGUACUGCAACGUACCCAGCUGCUUUGCAUAUCUUCUGGAGUGUGUAAAUGGAAUAGGAAGAGAUUACAGAGGAACAAAGUCCAGAACAAACUCAGGAAAGAUCUGUCAAAGAUGGGACUCAAGCUACCCACACAGGCCAAAUUUCAAGCCGCAGAGCCACCCACAAGCAGAUUUGGAGUCUAACUUCUGCAGAAACCCUGAUGGGGACAGCAAUGGACUGUGGUGUUACACUACUGAUCCUAACACCCGCUGGGAGUACUGCAACGUACCCAGCUGCUUUGCACAUCUUCUGGAGUGUGUAAAUGGAAUAGGAAGAGAUUACAGAGGAACAAAGUCCAGAACAAACUCAGGAAAGAUCUGUCAAAGAUGGGACUCAAGCUACCCACACAGGCCAAAGUUCAUGCCGCAGAGCCACCCACAAGCAGAUCUGGAGUCCAACUUCUGCAGAAACCCUGAUGGGGACAGCAAUGGACCGUGGUGUUACACUACUGAUCCUAACACCCGCUGGGAGCACUGCAACGUACCCAGCUGCUUUGGUAAGAUUCAUACAUGUUAUUGUGUUUGUUUUGUUUUGUUCAGCUGACAUACAUGUCUAAUUGUCCUCUAGCAGCCAUUUCUCUUUCAACAAUUGCCAUUUGUUUUGGUAUUUAAUGUAGCUAAUAUGUGAAAU